AUGGUGGAUUUAUGUUCGGGCGUUGAGCUUUGGUCGAACGCGCGCAUCUCUGCGUCCGCCCUCCGCCGCGUGCGUACUGUACUGCAAGCAGCAGCACAGCAGGUGCGCGUGACGCUCCGCCACGGCUCUCGCUUCGAAUCCCCCCGCCGGCGGCAGCGGGGAGCUUUCGUCUCGUAUGCAGCGCUUGUCGCUGGGCAAUACUGCACGCCGUCGCACGUCAUCUCUGAUCGCCACGACACAUACCACCACUGCAUCUUUUUUUCCCUCUCGUUCCUGCAAACCCCCCACUUGGCCCCCUCGUCUCUCCCCCCUGUUGCUCCCCUCCCCACUCCACCCGGCAACAUCACCAGCGGCUACCGCACCCUCAUAACCUUCUCGUCCCUUCCCACCACUCCCCACCACUCCCUUCCGCCUCUCUCCCUCCCCCAGGUGAAGCCCAACACCUCCUUCUCCGCCGUAGCAGCCAUGGUCAACGGCCUCCGCGCCCUCAUAGCUCCCUCAUCCCUCGCCUCCCUCUCCCCCUUCUCCCCACCCGGCCAGCCCAGCACCGCUCCAUCCGCCACAGCAGCCAUGGUCAACUGCCUGCGCCCUCAUAUCCUCUUCAUCCCUGCCCACCACUUCCCCUUCCCUCUUCCCCCCCUCCACCAGGUGAAGCCCAGCACCCCGUCAUCCGCCAUAGCAGCCAUGGUCAACUGCCUGCGCCCUCAUAUCCCCCUCAUUCCCUCUCCCCACUACUCCCCCCACCCUCUUCUCCCCUCGCGCCAGGUGAAGCCCAACACGCCCCCAUCCGCCGUAGCAGCCAUGGUCAACGGUCUCCGCGCCCUCUCCUCCGCCCCCGGGGUCCUCUUCCUUGCAGUCGGCUCCGCGCUCCCAAUCCCCCCUGCGCUCUCCGCCUCCCCCGCUCCCCCCUUUACGGUGAAGCCCAACACGCCCCCAUCCGCCGUAGCAGCCAUGGUCAACGGUCUCCGCGCCCUCUCCUCCGCCCCCGGGGUCCUCUUCCUUGCAGUCGGCUCUGCACUCCCCAUCCCCCCAGCCCUCGCCGCCUACACGCCCCAAUCCCCCUGGACACACGCCCUUCUCGGCCGGUACGAGUCACGAGACGCACUCCAAGCGUAUGCAGGGUCAGAGGAGCAUGUGAAGGUGGUGGAGGGGUGCAUCAAGCCGAUUAUCAGUGACAUCCUGGCCGUCGAUUGGGAAACAGACGUCCCUGCCGAUGCUGCUGCCUCUGCUUCUGCCUCUGCUGCUGCCGAUGCUGGUGCGUCGCGUCUGCCCUUCUCGGUGAUCCACUCUGUGGUCAUGGAGCUAGGCCCAUCCGCCACUGCCAAUCCCACCGCCAUCCCCACCAUGGUCUCAUCCCUCAAGUCUCACGUGGGCGAGAUCCCCGGCCUGCACGAGGUCUCCAUAGGGGAGAAUUUCGCGCCGGCUCGCGCCAAGGGGUUCACGUGGGGGUAUGCGGGGUACCAUGCGGACGAGGCGGCUCUGCGGGUGUAUGCGGGGGAUGAGAGGCACCAGCAGGUGAUGGCGGAGGCGGUGCUGCCUCUGGUGGCGCGGUACAACUGGGUGGAUUUUCGAGUGGACGAGGUUUAUGAAGAGACCAGCGCAAAGCUGUAG